AACUUUUGAUUAUAUCUAUGAUCGUAAACUUAGUCUGUUAUUUAUAUCAAGGGAUAGGAUAUGUAUCAAUCGGUUGAUCUACAGUACUGGAAUAGUCUUGCUAAACUUGAGGCAGAGGAAAAUCAGAAACGAAAGUUUCAGCAUGGAAGAGGAAUAUGUACCGUCUUUCUAUUGGAUACAUCAGGUAGUAUGGCAGGAGAUGGAUUUCGUCAAAUGCAGGAGGCUUUCAUGGAAAUAUUAAACGAAAUUAGCGCUCAUCCAGAUACAGAUGAAAACGUUGCAGUUAUAUCCUUUGGCAGAGAGGUCAAAUUCUUACAUUAUUAUUCGAACAACUAUGGAUCUGUUAUACAAUGUCUAGCUGAUGUAGAGUGCAGUGGCAGUUCUCCUAUGGAAGCCGGUAUCCUUUUGGCUUUGUCCUGCUUGCUUUACGGAGGAGGUCAUACUGCAGUUUUUGAUCACAAUAUAACCGUUUGUGCUAGGUUUAUUAUUAUUUCUGAUGGAUGGCCAUCAACAUCUGCUGACAUCGGAGGUCCAGAAAUCGACAAAAAGAGCAAAGAACCGUUUUACGAUGGAACUAUUGCAGGAAUAGAAGCAUUAAUCAAAACAAUUGGAAGAACUAACCCUAUUGUUUGUAUUCCCGUGGGAUCUGAUCCAAAUGCUGUAUUUUUUGAAAACUUGAUGCAUCUAUCAAGAAGAGGGAGGCUUAUUAAUCAUAGAGAUGCCCGCCAGUGUGGACGAUUUGGUCUCCAUAUAAAACUGACUGAUCUCAUUUUGGAUCAAAGGGCAGCAGAUCAAAUAAAACGUAAAGAUAUUGAAAGAAUUGUUAGGUUUACAAGAAUUAGGACUGACUUCACUAAACAGGAUUUGGAGGACAUCUUCACUAUUAUAAAUAGUUUAGAUUUAUACAAACCAAUCACUGCUGAAGACCUUGAAGAUGAUGAGUACACUGAACGCUAUCCAAAUGUUCCUAAAAUUGGCACCAGGGUAAAACGAGGACUUCACUGGACCUAUAAAAACCAAGAUAGUAAUAGACCCGGAACAGUAGUAGGACACUCUGAAAGAUAUGGUUGGGUUAUCGUGGAAUGGGACAAUGGAGUUAAAUUAGAUUACCAGUAUGGAUUCGAUGGUAUGAUAGAAAAGUAUGACAUCGCUUCAUGUAAAGAACCAAGGAUUUUAGAAAAUGAAUUAAUUGCAGUUGGUUGUCUUGUUUCCAGAGGUCCAGACUGGAAAUGGGGAGAUCAAGACGGCGGAGAAGGAAAUAUUGGAACGGUAUAUAGAGUCAAACAAGAGGCUGUAGUUUAUGUGAAAUGGCCAAAUGGCAACCGUUGUAACUACAGAUAUGGAUACAAAAAUAAGUAUGAUGUUCUAAUAUGUGAUCCUUUCGAAGCAUCGUAUCAUUCCAAUCGACGAUUAAAUCAUUCUGAACCUCAAACAUCUUCAAGAGGGACAAGAGGAAGAGAAUUGAAAUCCCAUUCAACAUCAAAUGGUGUUGACCAGUCACAAUCUCACAGAUACACAGAAUGCAGCUCCAAGAAUAUUGAAUUGGACGAAGCAUCAAAAUGUGAAACAUCGUAUGAGUGUAACGAAAACAGUUCAUGUAAACAAGCAUGGGAUCGUAGAUGGCAGUGGAAAGAUUCUUCUGGAAGUUGGAACGAUUAUAGUGAUGAAAUAAAUGAUAAAAUAGAAGACUGUUACAGAAGAAAGCCUGAGUCAUCAGUUGUUAUCAAUUUAAAGGGACACCUAUGCAGGAUUAUUUUUGUAAAAAGGAUACAAAUUGACACUAUUUCCAAAUCAAUAACAGAUAUAAGAAGCAGUUGGGACGAUUGAUCAAUAACGAAUAUUUUGAGACAUAAUGGAAUG